GUUAAAAGGUAAACAAAUUUUUCUUUUUCGGUCCAAUCAACAGUUACCAUGGAAACGAGACAAAAAAGAAAACCGCCAAAUAUAAAUUUCCUUUAUUGGGAAUUUUUUCUUAAUUUUAUACCUGUCCCGUAGGUAACUUAGAGCGGCAUUAACAAGUACCAUGCGAUCUUCAGCCUUCCUUGGAUUCAAUUGUCUUUCCAUGUUUACCUUAGUUUGUGUUUUACGUUCACUUGCUGGUGGAUUUUACUUUUCCCUUUUUGCCAGUGUUCCGGCCACUCUUGGCUCUCUUAUGGCCAUUCUUAUUGAACAUCCGUCACGGCGAAAAGCUCUGGCCUUCUAUUGUGCCAAUGUUGCCUCUGAGUGCAUCUAUCGAGUUACCCUUCGUCACUCAAAGGUCAAACCAAUACCAAAAGGUGAAGUGCUAAUAUUUACCUUUUCAAUAUCAAUGUUAAUGUACAUCACCUCAAAGUAUGGCCUCCGUCGUGAUCCAAUCGGCAUGGCAUUGAAAUUGAUCUUGGGUCGAACUGAAUUCUCAAGGAAAAGAUCUGAUCAAACGGAAAUAGAGCUCAAAGUCAACGAUAAUUCUGAUUCAAUGGUCAACAAUAAUAAUAACGACCUGGUAGACGACAAAAUUAAAUCUUAUGACUCUGAUUGUGAUAAAGAUACUCAAGGCUCUUGUUCAGAUGACCAACAACAACUGAUUGAAUACGACGAUGGUCAAUCAUCUUGUUCAUCUUGUUCAUCUUUUUCAUCACCUCCUCCACCAUCAUAUUCACCUUUGUCAUUGAUAAACAAAAUCGGUACCUGGUUUGUAAAUGGUAAACAUGAUGCCUGUGGCCAUUCAAGUUCUUGUUCCUUGUAUACUCUUGGUGGAUUUAGUCGAAGCUUCUUGACCCUUUGGUUUGGUCAAGCUGCUCUUGUAGCUGGUCUUAAGUUUCCCCAAAUCCGUCGUGAUCCAGGUCUCAUUUUACGAGUUUUAACCAAUCGAAAAAAGUUGGAACUUUGUCUAUUUGCAUCUCUUUUCACGGGAAUAUAUCGAUCAACACGAUGUAGCCUUCGAUGGUUAACUAAUUCAAGUGAACCCUGGCAUUCAGCCUUAGCUGGAGCUCUUUCAGGACCAACAAUGAUCUACUAUCCAAGCUCAUUAAUCGCCACCAAUAUUGCCUGGAAGUGUAUUGAAUGGUCACUACAACAAGCCUGUUCCACCCCGUACUUACCCUCAUUUGACACGUUGAUACCCUUUAUUUACGCUGUUUCGGUUAACAUGAUCUUUGUCACUUUGGUACUUGAACCAAGUUGCAUUCGUCCUUCAUAUGUUCAAUUUCUCGAUAGUUGUUCUAAUCACAAGCUUCACCAAGUAAAUCGAGGUUUACUCAAACUUUUUGGUACCGAUGCUCACAUUGGUUACGAGGACUUUUUCCCCGACCUCGUUCCCGAAUAUUGUACCAAAAAGUUUCUCGAAAGUGUUUUCGUUUGGCUACUUUAACUUAAAACUGACCAUCAACUUACUCACCCUCAUAAUCAUCGAUCUCAUCUUAUCAUCAUGGAUGAAACUACCGUAGAUUUUAAACUAACUGAUGAUUAUGGAAAUCGUAUUUGAAUAGAAAUUAAAUAUUUAUUGAAUUUUCUACUUCAAUUCUUGAGAGAAUCGAUAUUUGGUGUAAUCAACCGAUUUCAUUUUGGAAUUCUGUCACAAAGUUGAAGGUUCAAGAAGCCACAUGGGUAUUGGUACAAUUGUCUCUCGUCCUUAAGAUAAUUGAUAACUUGUUUCCAAUCGACGUCUUUGGUUCCUGAUUCAGUUGAAGUUGAAACCAUGUAAUUGAUCAAACCUUCAACAUCUCCAUUGUUCAAAUAUUCAAUGAUCUUGGACUUAUGUUCGAGGAUAAAGGUGACUAAAUCGGCUCGAUUAACUGAUGAAUACGAUGUUCCUGGUCCAGUUUUCCUCAUGGCCCAUGCAACCAGCGAGGGAACACCAUGUUCCUUAUUCUCAGUCAACCCAAUUUGUUUCUUUAAAGCGAUCUUUGCUAAAGCCACAGGCCAAAUAACUCCAGUGGUUCCUGAUGCCUCUGCAUUACCGACCAUCAAGUGUAACACCAACAGCGUCAUUAUUUUCGUAGAAUUUGUUGAUUUCCGCUCGAUGAUCUUCAGUAAACUUGAAAAAUUUCUUCAAAUUAAUUUUUUCUACUUCAUUUUCUUCGGCAGGAUCAGAGGCAGCCCAAAGGAGGAACGGGAUUGGAGCAGUAUCAGGCCCAUCUUCAGCUAUUAUAAAGAACAAAGAAACAAAUGAAUAUGUAUUAAUCAGAAUUUCCAAUAAGAAAUUAGCUUAAAAAAAUUCAAUAAGAUUUACCUGAAGUAAGAGCCACCGAGAGGGUGAAAAUAAGAGAAACGAUAAUCAAAAGUUUUACCAUUUUAUUGUUAACUAGAAUUGAGAUGAAAUUUGGUUAAAAGUAUUAGUAGAUUGAGUGAGUUAACUGUAAA